AUGGAGACCGCGCAAUCUACGGAACCUCUCCACGUGCACUUCAGGAGUAGACUGCUGAGCUGCAAAAAUGUCAUCAUAGUUCUGGGGGUCUGCUUCAUCGUCACCUCCGCGAUCUUCGGCAUUGGAGAGCUCAUCAAGGAGCGACUGCGGAACAAUAUCCGAGACAAAUCGCUAAGUGCCAACGGAAAUCUGUCUGUUCCCUUAGCACACGUGACGAAGUCUUCUUUCGUAAAUGGCACCAAUUCAAGUGAGAAGAAAUCGUGCGACACGGAGGACUGCCACUACUUCCGUUGGCUUAUCGACGCAUCCAUCGACGACACCAAAGAUCCUUGCCAGAACUUUCACGCUUUCGUAUGUACCGGAAUAGAGAAGAAGUACACCGAAGUGUUCGCAAGGACCAGCGGUGGAAUUAUUGACAUAGCAACCCGGAAUGUGACGUACAAAUACCUUGCAACGACGAAAGUGCCGCUGAAGAAUCAAGCGCCGUUUGAAAAAGCCGCUGCCGUCUUUCAAGAUUGCUUGAAGGUCAGUAAAGACCGCGACAAGAACAAGGAGGAGAUAUGGAGCUUUUUAAAUCUUUACGGUCUAUCGUUCUCAGAUGAACCCAGUUUCGAUCCGCUGGACAUUAUGAUUCGAUUUGUGGCGACAAUCGACAUUCCGAUACUGUUCAAGGUGCGCCCGGAAGGAACUGGAAAACACUCACGGUUCCUGAUCAGAAUGAGCGUCGCUCCGGAAUUUACCUCAGAAAAUUUUAAAGCAUUACGACGAAUAUUAAAAGGCCACUAUAAAAAUUUUGUUUCCCGAAUAUUAUCGACAGCCUUAUCCGUGGAAGACGAUGCAGCUCUGGCUAGUGUCAUCAUGGAAGCGGAUUUGAAAGUGAUCAACGCUACACAGAUUAGAAGCACCGGCAAUGAGACCCUAAUCACAAUGUCUCUUUCACAUUUUGGGAUCUUGGAGAACAAUAGUGUGUUCGGCUUUAGAUGGAUCGAUAUCCUGGCACGUCACACAAAUAAUCAUCUUCCUGGAUCCUUCCUAUUAUCUAUUAGGACGUCUGAUAUGAAGCUGUUCCAUUAUUUGUUCGAUAGUGACAAGGGAUUUUCCAAGAAUGACCUCAAGGUAUUCAUGACAUGGAGAACAAUCCUAUACUUUCUCAGCAUUUCAGGUUUGGAGAUGUUUUCGAACCAGCGAUGCUUCGACAUUGUAUCAUCUGUCUUUCCAAGAGCUACUGCUUCUCCGAUACUUUCUCAAGCCGUCGAUGAGUCCAAGGUUGAUGCCGUGAAGAAAAUAACCGAAAUCAUUAUAACCGAAAUAGAGAAUUUCUUCACAUCGUCUCCUUGGCUGGACGACGAAUCUCACAAGGCUUCAUUAAAAACGCUUUCAUUAAUGAGCACACGUAUAGGAUACAACGUAGGCCUAACGACAGGAAUGGCCAAUAUAUCUACGAAUAACAUUUACCCAGACUUCACCGGUCCCUACGUAGCAGAUCUUGUCAAAAUCAGGAAAAUGAUGGCAGAACGCAGAUGGCAGGUCCUUCAUGCAGGACCCGUGCGAAGCACUGAUCCAAUCGUCACUCUUUUUCAGGAAGGUAACAUUGUGUUCGAUGCAGCCGAAAACGUUGUCUCUGUCCUGCCAGGCGGUAUGAAUAGCCCACUCUUCACGUACGGUGCGCCCCCUGAAGUGAACUUCGCAACACUUGGGAGACACCUUGCGCGUGAGAUUAUGCGAGGAUUUGAACGACUCUCAAAUCGAACUCAGUUGUGGACGAAUAAUAGUAACGCUGCAUAUGAAGAUCGCGUGACCUGUUUUAAUGAAACCAUAACAACGCGAGGACCGCGUCGGAUGGACACCAACGAACUUCUUCUCGACAUCCUGGGGCAAAGAUCUGUCCUCAAUGCGUACGAGAAGGCGUCUCAGAGCUUCCCUAUUCAAAUGGGUACUGUGAAGCCCUUAACGAAGGACCAGCUCUACUACGUGUCUUGGUGUGUGCUUUGGUGCGGUCAGCGGGUUCACGGUCAACCCCUGCAAGACAGGUGCAAUGUUCCUCUCAUGCAGUCUUUUCACUUUAGUGAGGUAUUUCGUUGCUCUACUGGGGCUCCCAUGAAUCCACAGCAAAAAUGUCUGUUUUGGUAGAGUUAGAUGCUGACAAUAAAAUAAACUUUUCUCCGGUA